AUGCCAAGCCAGAGCGUUACAUUUGUUGUCUCGCAAGAGCUGAACAUCCCCUUAAAGAUUAAAAUUAGCUCUUUACAUGGAACGAAGAAGUUGCUGCAGCCGUCACAGCGGUUUACUCAUCCAGAGCUGACUCAGAGGACGUCUAAUAUGCGAUUGAACAGCGAUAUGUUCGUCUCGGUGCAGGUUUUCGAUCGCGAGCGGAACCGGGCGCUGACGACCCCUGUGCAUACGCAGUAUGUGCCAUUCAAAACGGGCCGCGUGUGGAACCAGUGGCUAACGUUGCCGAUUUACAUCAACCAGCUGGAUCGGAACAGCACGCUGCAGAUCACCAUCUGGGAGUAUGAUGCGGCCAAUUGCAUUGAAUUUGCGACGUUGAAGACACCCGUGUUUUCGGACGCAGACUGCACGCUUAAGCGAGGCCGAGAGGCGCUGCACUUCGAGUAUGGGGCGCCCGAGUCUUCCAGGGUAGAAGGCGAUGCGAUACAAGGGCUACUGAACAAGUACGACCAGGGGGGGAUCAAAGCUAUCGACUGGCUUGACUCGCUGACGUUCAAGAAGCUGGAGAGUAUGCAACGGGAGGCGGAUCUUCCGAAGGGCACGUUCAGACUGAACAUCGAGUUUCCUCUUUUCGAGCUACCCGUUGUGUAUACCGAAGCAACGAAUACCAAUGUGCAGAAGAACAUACCAACACUGAACAACUUUGAGCCACCGAGUGAGACAAUCGAGAGCAAGAUGGACUCUCAGGCGAAGAUAUCGGUGGGGUCUCCAAGACAGUCUACUUUGAAAUUCUACGACCUGGAUCAAUAUAAUGUGGAUGUUAUAGAAGAGAAAUUCCGCAGGCUGGAAAGAUCUUCCAAAAGCUCCAAUUUGGAUCGAGAGCUGAAGCCGGAUGCGAAGAAGCGUGAUAUUUUGAACCACAUCAUUGCUUAUCCGCCAUGCACGAGCUUGACGCCCCACGAAAAAGGACUUGUAUGGAAAUACCGCUAUUACCUUGUCAAUAAUAAAAAGGCAUUGACGAAGCUUCUACAAAGCACCAACCUAGCCGAAGAAAAUGAGCGGAAAGAGGUAUUGGACUUGAUGGACUUGUGGGCAGAAAUUGAUAUUGAUGAUGCGAUUGAACUUCUGGGCCCUGUAUACAAGAACUUAUCGGUUAGGUCUUAUGCUGUGAAUCGUUUAAAGAAAGCCUCCGACACGGAGCUGGAGUUGUACCUGCUACAACUAGUGCAGGCCGUUUGUUUCGAGAGCUCAUCGACUUGGUCCGAUAAAUCCAAUAGCGCAUUCACGAUAGUGCAUAUGGACCAAAGUAAGAACGGGAACUGCACCCCGAAGUCGUUGACUCCUCAUAUGACAGCAUCUUUAGACAGUUUGGACAGGUCAGAUGUCGAAUCAAACGGCGCGGAAAGCUCUAUAGUGAUUUCCCCUCUGGCAGAAUUCUUAAUUCGGCGCGUCGUGAACAAUACCAGGCUAAGCAAUUACUUCUAUUGGUUUUUAAAGUCCGAAUCCAAAGGGACGCAGUACCUGGUGCACAUACUCGAUAGCUUCUUGGUCCGGCUCUCGCAAGAAAGUCGUGGACAAAUUGAGGAUCAGGUACAACUUGUCAAUCUGCUAAAGGAAUGCUGUUGUGAAGUCAAGCAAUUGAAGGACACUACUCCCAAAAAACAUGAGCUACUACACUAUUUGAUGUUGUCUAAAGUCAGACCCUUUUUACGUGCAACUAAUGUAGCUUUACCGCUGGACCCCGAGGUAGUUGCUGUUGAUGUGGUGCCCGAGGACUGCAAGGUUUUUAAAAGCUCUCUGUCGCCACUAAAGAUAACCUUUAAGACCAAAGAUGCUCGAAAAUAUUCUCUGAUGUUUAAAGUUGGCGAUGACCUGCGUCAAGACCAGUUUGUUGUCCAGAUCAUCACUCUGAUGAAUGCUCUACUCAAGAAUGAAAAUGUUGACCUCAAGCUUACUCCUUACAGGAUCCUAGCCACGGGACACAACGAGGGCGCCAUUGAGUUCAUUCCAAAUGACACAAUGGCAAACAUUCUCAGCAAACACCAUGGUAUUUUACCCUUCCUCAAGAGUAACUUUCCGGAUCGCGGCGAGCCUCUAGGCGUCCAGGAUUGGGUGAUGGACAAUUUCGUCAAGUCCUGCGCCGGCUACUGCGUCAUCACAUACAUUUUAGGUGUCGGAGAUAGGCAUCUCGACAACCUCCUGAUCGCCCCGGAUGGCCGGUUCUUCCACGCCGACUUUGGAUACAUCCUGGGUCGCGAUCCAAAACCAUUUCCUCCGUUAAUGAAACUUCCGCCUCAGAUAAUAGAGGCCUUUGGGGGCGCCGAGUCCAACAACUACAACAAGUUCAGGAGCUACUGCUUUGUAGCCUACUCUAUCCUCCGGAGGAAUGCUGGUUUGAUACUGAAUCUUUUUGAGCUCAUGAAGACGUCAGACAUUCCUGAUAUCCAGAUGGAUCCAGAUGGUGCCAUUUUGAAGGUCAAGGAGAAAUUCUGCCUGAACAUGUCAGAGGAACAGGCCACCGUACAUUUUCAGAACCUCAUCAAUGCCAGUGUUAAUGCCCUAUUGCCUCUAGUCAUAGACCAUUUGCAUAACUUAGCUCAGUACUGGCGCUCGUAA